AAAUCCCGUAAUUACAUCAUACAGCACCUGGAGACAAAUUAUAACAAGGUAUAUGUGAAGCUGUCAAACAGAAAGUAACAAUUCCACUAGAUGGCGGUCUUUAGUUGACAACCAGUUUGCCUCACACUCGGAUAGGGAUGUUAGGUAGUGUGCCCAUGAUGUGUAUUGAAAUGUAUUGUAGAAUGCCUUCAAAUCAAUAACUUAGCUUAAAAUGAAUUGUGUAUAAAUUAAUGAAUUAAUAUGCAUCAUAUAAAAGAAUGAUGCAUACAAAUCAUGGUACACCUAGACUAUAUUCCCCAUCACGUUUAGUUCAACUGUAACAGACAAUUAUAAUUACCCACACCGACGAAAAAAUGUUAUAAGAGUGGUAAUGUUUUUAAAAUAUCUCUAGAUAUGCCCAAGCCAAACCCGUAUAACACCUGUUUUAUAUAGCUUCAUACAUUUCCAGGUUCAAUAAUUGGUCAAUAGCCAUAUUUAGAUUGAGCCUUUCAAUAAAACACCAGUAGACGGGUCGGCCACCAGAGGGUUAAACUAGACAGCGGCUGUGUUGCCUGGUGUGUGUCGUUGAGGGAGGAUACUUGUUGAGAAGCAACAGAUUCUCUGAAGGAGAGAACCCUACAUCCCUCGAGUCGACCCUUUGACAAUUCCAGAAUGCAGUCGGUGUCUGAUGAAGCAACGCAAUUUACAUCAUUGGGUCAUUUUAAGUAAAAACGUUUAAAAUGUUUAUUAUAUUUUUUAGCGUGGAUUAAAAGAAACACAUUUUGGAUAAUAUUUUGGCGAGAAAAGGUGCACACUGGUAAUCUAUCUCCCUCUCAUCCCUGAUGGACUACGGGGUAUAGGAUUCAGUUACCAGUAUCCUCCGGUCUUUUUGUUUAUCAUCUAAGCAGGAGCCUAUUAGUCUUUCGUAGUCUUGAUGUGUUUUGAAGUAGACAAUUUCCUUCCAUCAAAGCAACACACUGCACUAGAGGACAUUACUUAUUUUUUUGUGCGCCAUCGCGCUGGAACCGUUUUACGCGGAGUUUUAUUGUAACAGGUGGUUUUUACAGUCGCGCCUUCUUUUCACUCGGGCUAACAAGUCAGUUUAACAAGUAUUUUUUUAAUAAAUGAUCCCCAACAGCAAGUACAAGGAUUUUGGUCGGCAUAAAAGGUGGGUUCACCAUUCAUUUUAUUGCAUUUUCCACGCGGAGAGAUCUGUCAAUAACCAAGGGAAGAAAAUCAAAAAGUCCCUCCAUCUAAAUGAUCAGCUCCGUGUGUGUGUCGUCUUACCGAGGACGCAAGUCAGGUAACAAGCCUCCGUCUAAAUCAUGUCUAAAGGAGGAGAUGUCGAGAGGGGAAGACUCAGACAAAAUAACAAUCAAUGUUGGUGGCACGCGACACGAGACCUACAAGAGCACCCUCAGGACCCUGCCGGGAACUCGCCUGGCAUGGCUGGCGGACCCGGCAGAUAAACCGAUGGCUUCAGACACAGACUCGGCGCCGACGAGCACCAGCGAGUUGUUUUUUGACAGGCACCCUGGUAUCUUCGCCUAUGUGUUGAACUACUAUCGGACUGGGAAGCUCCAUUGCCCCGCUGAUGUAUGCGGACCUCUUUUCGAGGAGGAACUGGCGUUUUGGGGAAUAGACGAGACCGACGUGGAGCCGUGUUGCUGGAUGACUUACCGCCAACACAGAGACGCGGAAGAGGCCCUUGAUACCUUUGAGCCCCCUGAUCCUGAAGAAACCGACGACGACAGAGAACUGCCGAGACGUUUCGGCAUCGAGGACUGCCCCGACAGGUCGAGGGGCUGCUGCCAAGUUUGGCAACCCAAGAUAUGGGCCCUAUUUGAGGAUCCGUACUCAUCCAGGGCUGCAAGGGGAGUCGCGUUUGCCUCCCUGUUUUUCAUCCUGGUGUCAAUCACCACCUUCUGCCUGGAGACCCACCAAGCCUUCAAUGACAUACACACCCGGACAGAGCUGGUGGUCGUGGGGAACGUCACCAGGGAGGAGGAGAAGUGGGAGAUGGUGACCAAGCCCAUACUGACCGUGGUGGAGGGCAUCUGCGUGGUGUGGUUCACCUUCGAGUUCCUGGUGCGAAUCAUCUGCUGCCCGGACAAGGUGUUGUUCAUCAAGAACCUGCUGAACAUCAUCGACUUUGUGGCCAUCCUGCCCUUCUACCUGGAGAUGAGCCUGAAGGGCCUGUCCUCCAAACCGGCCACCAAAGUGUUGGGCUUCCUGCGCGUGGUGCGCUUCGUCCGCAUCCUGCGCAUCUUCAAGCUGACGCGUCACUUUGUGGGGCUGCGCGUGCUCGGCCACACGCUGAGGGCCAGCGUCAACGAGUUCCUGCUGCUCAUCAUCUUCCUGGCGCUGGGCGUGCUCAUCUUCGCCACCAUGAUCUACUACGCCGAGCGCAUCGGCGCCAGCCCCGACGACCCCACGGGCCACAACCACACGCACUUCAAGAACAUCCCCAUCAGCUUCUGGUGGGCGGUGGUCACCAUGACUACGCUGGGCUACGGCGACAUGUACCCCAAGACCUGGCUGGGUAUGAUCGUGGGGGCGCUGUGCGCGCUGGCCGGAGUCCUGACCAUCGCCAUGCCCGUGCCGGUCAUCGUCAACAACUUUGGGAUGUAUUACUCGCUGGCCAUGGCCAAGCAGAAGCUGCCCAAGAAGAAGAAGAAGCACAACCCCAACCCGGAGGCCCCCACGGACUCUGCGUCCCUGGGGAAGUCGGAGAGCAUCUCCCACAGAGACGGCACCCAGAGCGACACCUGCCCCCUGGCCAAGGACGAGACGGUCGCCAGGAAUCGCUCAGACUCCAAGCAGAACGGGGACGCCAACGUGGCGCUGUCGGAGGAGGAGGGCUGCAGCCUGACCCAGCCGCUGUCCCCCGGCGAGAGGUGGUCCCUGCGCUGCUCCCGCCCACGUGACAAGCCCGGCAAGAAGGAGGCGUCCUGCUUCCUGCUCACCUCCGGGGACUUCUCCUGCCCAGGAGAGCCCACCAUACGGACUGAGAGCUGUAAAGACAUCCUGGCUGCAACGGGAAUCUAUGCCCAGCCCGAGGUCACGACUCUCACCUGAUCCGGAUCAAGAAAGGACAACCGCGAUCUGUUGAUGAACCAAGGACCCUCCGGGAAAUCAAUGAAUGAACUGUGUGUGUGUGGCGGGAUAUUGUGCUUUCUUCUUUCCCGUGAACUACCAAGACAUAAAAUCACAUGGUAGAGGAGCAUGUGCUUAAUGGACACGCCAUCACUAUUUCACUCAUAUCACUCAUUUCUAUGUUUUAACAUUUAUUAAAUUAAAGCAUGUUUUGCAUGUCUAACAUUGUACAAUACAUUACAAACCAUUUAAGUUCAUAUGUGCAUCGUUUAUGGAUGUGUCGAAACUGGUCCAGAGCAAUGUUAGUCUGUCAUUAGCGGUUAUAGGUUUCUAUCCAGUGUGUUUUUGAUUGGGAUCACGUUGCCUUCAUACAUCCACAAACUAUAAGCAUUUUUUACAAAAUAGCGUGCCGUUUCGAUUACAACAAGUUUGUUUUUGAACUUUUCUUCAAGCUAGCUAGCUCCAUAAAUGUGUCAUACGGUGUCAAAAAUAGAAUAUAUAUAUAUAUAUAUAUAUAUAUAUAUAUAUAUAUAUAUAUAUAUAAAUAGAUACGCUUAUAGAUUUGAGAUCGAACACAACCAUCCAUAGUACUGUGAUCUCAAAGUCAAGCCUGAGAUUGGUGUUCAAAGUCAAGCAGCUCAAAGGUCAUAAUUAACACAACAGGCCAUGCACGUGGGUGUGUGGGUUUGUCUCCUGCCAUUGCCACCCGUCACACCUCGACACAGACCACCGCGACCAAGUUCAGACAUUUGUCAGGAGAACGCCAUCUGCACGGAUGUGCUCAGGCAAUACCUGUGUCAAAGUAGUCUUGUAAAAGAAAAACAGUUUAAAUAAGAAAUAUAUGGGAACAUCUAUGGAAUGCUGUUGUCAGUCUGUUAUAUAAAGUGUGUCUACCAUUGACGCGUCAGUGCUGGUUGAGAGAAGGACCAAAUGUACAAUAGACUCUAUGGAAUAGCAUUGUAUAAUUUCAUGAAACAUCAAUAGUGCAGUAUGGGAGAUUCUGUGACCGGCCCAUCCGGUUCAGACGUGCCUAAUGUGGAGAAAAGCAGCUUAAACGUGUGCAGUAGCCUAAUGUAAUUUGAUUUGUUCCCUGACACUUUCACAUGUGUUAGAUCAGUGUAAACCAUUUCACAUGGAGUCCAAGGAGUACUGGUGACGUAUAUUUAUCAUGGUCUACCAUAGUUGCCUUAUGUUUAAUAAAGAAAAGG